CGCACGAGGGGAAAAGGGGAUAGAGAAAAAGAGAGGGGAGAGAAACCGAGACUGAAAAGUAUUUCUGAUUGUGCAGCAGAGGACGGCUGCCUUUGUCGCGAGGGGAAGGCAAGGAGGGACAGCGGAGAGGACGAGGGGAGAGGACGAGAUUCUCCGAGACAUGACGAGAGAGAGAGAGAGAGAAGCUGUAGGGCAGGCGAGGAGGACGGCCAUCUUGGAGAGCCUGGUGUCACGGCGGGAGAGCAUGGACCAAGCCCGACCUGUAACCCCGAGUCUCUCCGUUUCCACAGGCGGUCGGCCGGCCCACACGGUGCCCGGGGCAUCUGGCCUCAUUGAGGGGAAGGGCGGAAAGUACCAGGAAAGUGGGCGAGGGGAGGCAGCAGCCUGGGCCCUCCCCUCCUGCCCCCUUCCCCCGCCCUCCCCCAGCCUCCUACUCACGGUUGUCGGAUGCCCUCGGACGGCGCAGGUGACCGAGGCGCAAACACGGGCUGCUGCGACAGGCCCUUUGGCGGAAUUGGCGUUAAUGGGGCACAAAGGGACGGCGGAAUAUGUGACACUCUAAUAGAAAGGGAGAAUGGGCGACGCGAGGCCCCUUUGAAGAUAAUCGGAUGCCAUUGUGGAGAUGCAGUGAUUGGGGGCGUGUGCCUGGCUGCUCCCCUCCCCGUGCGGCCCCCUCCCCGGCCGUGCUCCCUCCUCCCCGGGCAGCAGCGGGCACCAGUCAGUCCCGGGGUGACGUCUGCACCGCGCGCCGCCACAGCCACUCCUGCUUCACUCUAAGUGCCAUUGCCACACAACGCAUUAUUCGCGCCGAUCGCCACUCUCCCGUAUAUAAACGUUAUAAGCGGAUGCAAGUGCCGGGCGGAGGCAGGCCGAGCGCAUGAGGAGGGCGGCUGGCGGCCAGUAUGCGUGAACACCUCCCUGGGGUUGGCCAGCCCCUGGGGACGCCUCCGCACCACUGCCGCGCCCAGGAUCCUGCCGCAGGCGACAUCGCCAGGAGCGACUCGUACUCCCUGGCUCGGGGCGGCAAGCUGGUGUCGUCGCGCCCCUGGGCCUCCUCCGGGGCGCAGAUCCUGGUCAACAUGCACGCCCUAGAGGCCAGCGCCAAGGACACGGGCGGUAAGGAGCCGAGACGGCCGCCGUCGUCAGGCACGUCCUCGAGCGACAGUGAGAGCGACUCCGAUUCGAGCGACUCGGACGACACCUCGGAGGACGAGUACGAGGUGCGAGUGACGCGGCGGCCGCCCGACCUCAGCCGCUUCCCGCUGGCCGAGGAGGACGAGGAGCUCGAGCGGGAGCGCUGCGUGAACAACGGUGAGUGUAAGGUCGAAGUGGCGAGUGCGAAGUGCAGUGAGCGGAGGCAGAGUGAGGGCGAGAAAAGACUUCCUGGCGACGGCCACUCGCGCCCACACCUCGCCCAGGAUGCCAGGGAGGGCGCGGGCGACGGGGGCGGAAACGAUAUUGAUGCGAAGAACGACGAGAGUGAUGACGAGGAAGAUGACGAUGAGGAUGAUGACGACGAAGACGAUGAGAGUGAAAGUGACGAGACCGAGAGCACGGUGCGGGCGAGGUUGGGCGCGGGGGCGGAAAGCGGCGGAAAUGAGCCGGGCGAAGGCGGCGGCGAAGGAGCGGCGGCGCCCCCGGAGGAGGACCCCAACGACACCCUCAGCACCCUUAGCGGAGACCUCAGCUUCGACGACCGCGACGUCGUUUCUCCUCCGCGCGAGAAUGGCGUCGCGGCCGCCCAGGAGCUGGAGGCACUCCCUCAGGACGCCGCCGCCCCCGACUCCAUCACGGACUCCCACACCGCCGCCGACGCGGAGACUCCCCGAGCGUCGGAGGAGCGCGUCGCCAGUGAGAGCCGCGUCCCCCCCGAGGGCGAAAGGAGCACGCCGCAGCGCGAGAGUGUCCCCGCCGGCGUCUUCUGCCUAAGUGGCUAUCCCAAACAGGCCUCCUCCGGCCCGGCGCAGGACCCGAGCUCGUCACCAUCCGGUCAAACCCGUCCUCAGCCCGAGCAUGAGUCUGGCAGCGCCGCGGACGCUCCUGGGGAAAUGAAUCAAGUUUGCAAGCGGUCGGCGAGCGGAGGCCAGCACUCCGGCGGGGCAGCCCGCGGCAUGGGGGCUGUGCAGGGUCGUGCUGAGGAUGCCAAGAGUCAGGAGCGUUCUCAGCGCUCCCUCCCGUUCCCUCCUAAGUAUGUAAGUGGCCACUCCCGCGUGGCUCUGCUACGAGGAACCUGGGACCCCUCCGCCUCCUCCUCCGCCUCCCCCCGCCACGAGGGCCACGGUGCUGACAGGGAGCCUCCCAAGCAGCAGCAGCAGCAGCAGCAGGCCCUCGGCGCCUCCGAGGAUGUGCACCUUAAUUCUCAACACGGCCACCAUGCCGCGCCCCCGCAGGCUGCGGCGAGAGCUGAACGCCAGGGCGCCGCCAAAAGCAAGAGCAACAGCACCCUUGGCGACGGGGGCCAUGCCCAACACUCCCGCCAGAGUCUGCAACAAGCAAAGCUUCCGAAACAGAGUAACGCGCAGCACAGCGCACAGGUGUACCAGCUCCAGCAACGACAACAGCAAGUGCAUCAACAUCAGAAGCGUCGAGUGCAACAGCAACAGCAACAGCAGCAGCAAGAGAGCAGACGACAUCACGGUGGCAAGAACGGCGUAGUCAACCCUGCCAACACCACCGCCGCCACCACCAACUCACGCGAGGGAAGGAAUCUGAGGAACGCGCGAUUUUGUUCGUAUAAGAGCGCGAGUGUGCUUGCGUCCGGGCCAUGGAACCCCUGCCCCUGGAGCCCCCGCCCGCUCCCGCCCCAGCCGCCCCUCAGUACCCUGCCGAGAACGGCACGGCAGGGUACCCCGAGGGCAGCGCGGUGGCCCUGACCAGGAUGUUCCCCCUGGACGCCGCCGCCGACAAGAUGUUUCCGAACGAGAACGGCGCCACUGCCGCCUCGCGCCUCUACCACAGCGACGACAGCGCGGUGCGGCGCAUGUACCAGCGGGAGAGCGGCGCCCUCCGCAGGAUGUACCACAGCCUCAGCGACUACGGGAUGUACCCUGCUUACCUGUCCGGCCUGGGGCUCUCCACCAUAGCGCCCAGCGAACCAGGUGAGG